AUGGGGCUAGAUGUACGUAACAUGGAUUUCAAGAAGUUCAAGACCUAUCUCCAAAAAUUGAUCAACAAUAGAUGUCGGGAUAUGUAUUACUGUCUUAAAAAUCGGUCCCUCGUAGAUGGGUUAAGGGAGCUCAGGUAUGAAGAUGAUUAUGUUAGGUUCCUUGAUGAUGGUUUUGAUGAUGAUGAUAAUCAAAUAAGUAUCUACAUUGAUGACCAUCAUGAACCCUUACUAGAUUGGAUUGAAGAAGAAAAAGCUGAAGAAUGGGAUAGUGGUACUCAAACAUAUGAAGAUGAUGUGGACUUGGUAUCAUCGGAUGAUCUAUCGGUGGACCAUGAAGCUGAUGAUGAGGACAUUCAAUGGCCUGAAGUUGUUGAUCCUUUUUUGUCACAGAAGAAUCUUAUUCCACAAAGAGGCACAGAGGAAGAAGCUGGUGGUAAGGUAAAAAAACAUCCUAUUCACGAUCCAAACCAAAAAUGGGACACUAUGAUGCCUGAGUUCGGUAUGAAAUUCUCUGAUCGAGAUGAACUGAAACAUAUGUUAACAAAUUAUGCUGUGUCUAAGGGUUUUUCAUUGUGGUAUGAAAAAAAUGAGGUAACAGCAUUGUUAGUAAGACAACAAAAAUUGGGUUGUCUUGUUACGUAUAAGUGGAUUGGUAAAAUGUUAAUACCUGACAUUUUGGAAAGGCCUAAGUUUAGCUAUUGGAAAAUGGCAAAAGUGGUUAGGAAAGACUAUGGUAUCAAGAAUUAUGGUGUUGAGUUAUUGAGGGUUAAUCCUGGGUCAAUAGUCUUGAUCGAGACAAAUCAUACGCCUGAUGCUACACAAUACUUCAAAAGGAUGUAUAUUUGCCUGAAGUCUAUCAAGGAUGGCUGGAUUGAAGGAUGUAGAAGGGUUAUCGGUGUUGAUGGCUGUUUUUUGAAGGGUGUUUGCAGAGGUGAGUUGUUAACAGCCGUUGGUAGGGAUGCAAACAACCAAAUGUAUCCUCUAGCAUGGGUUGUUGUGCCAGUUGAAAACAAGGAAACUUGGAUGUGGUUCAUUGAUCUUCUACUUGAGGACAUUGAGAUGGGAGAUGGUAGGGGUCUUACAAUUAUUUCAGACCAACACAAGGGUUUAAUGGAGGCUGUUAAGGAAAGGGCACCAUCAUGUGAGCAUAGGAAUUGUGCCCGACACAUCUAUGCCAACUUUAAGAAGAAGGGGUUCACGGGUGUUGAGUUUAGGAGGUUAUUUUGGAGGGCUACAAAGGCUACAACCAAUUCCAAUUUCCGAUCACACAUGAGGGAAAUUCGUACAAUGUCCACAGAAGCUUAUGAGCACCUGAUAGAAAGAGACCCAAAUACAUGGUGCAGAGCAUUCUUUGAACCUCAGGCUUCUUGUGAUGCCGUGGAAAACGGUAUAUCUGAAUCUUUCAAUGCAACAAUUGUAGAGGCACGGAAGAAACCAAUAAUAACAAUGCUGGAAGAAAUCAGAUUGUACGUGAUGGAGAGGAUGUACAAUCAAAAGAUUAAGGGGCAUAAGUGGGACAUGGAAAUCUGCCCCUCUAUUAGAAAGAGGAUUGAGAAGAUGAAAGAAGAACAAAGGUACUGGGAUGUUAUUCCAAGUGGCGAGGAAGAAUAUGAAGUGAAAUUAGCCCAUGAAGUUUAUGCUGUUCACCUUGAAAGCAAAACUUGUGGUUGCAGAGCCUGGAAACUCAGUGGUAUCCCUUGUGUUCAUGACAUUGUUGCUAUAUUAUGCAUGAAUGGAAAUGCAAAGGACUAUGUAGCCAUAUGA